AAAAAAAAAAAUGCCUCUUAGGUCCUGCUCCCUCUCUGUCCUCUGUCUCUCCAAUCGCUUCUUCAAACUCCUCACCAAAUCCCUCUUCCAUCAUCAACGUACAAACUCCAUUCCAAAUUCACCUAAAAAUGCUUCUCCUUCCUCUCUCCAUACAAAUGGCAUCCUAAUUCUCCCGUCACAAACGCUAAUCUUUAACUUCGAAGGCUGGCUUCUGAAAUCCUCCUCCGCCUUCCCAUACUUUAUGGUUGUGGCUUUCGAAGCCUGCAGUUUAUUUAGAUCUCUCCUCCUUCUCUUUCUCUACCCUUUGGUAUGUUGCAUGAAGAAUGAAGCAGGAUUGAAGAUGAUGGUGCUUGUCUGCUUCUUUGGUGUGAAAAAGGAGAAUUUGAGGGUUGCAAGGGUUGCUUUGUUCAAGUUUUUUAUGGAGCAUAUAGGCGAGGAAGAGAUUAAGGUGUUGAGAAGCGGAAGAAGGAGGAUGGGGGUGAGCAACAUGCCUAAGGUUAUGGUGGAGAGCUUUUUGAAAGAUUAUAUGGAGACUGAGGUAGUGAUUGGGAGGGAGUUAAAGGAGUUUUGUGGGUUUUAUACUGGUUUUAUGGAUUGGAAAAGGGAAGAAAUGAUUAUGGUGAUUAAUGGUGAAGACGCUUUACGGUUUGGCAGCUCUUUUGAAGAUAUACAUCACAAGGAAGUCCAUAGGAUAAGUGAAGCUGAGAAGAGCAGGUUGCCCCCCCUACCACAAGAAAAAUAUCCAAAAUCCUUAAUCUUCCACGACGGCAGAAUUGCGUUCCUGCCCACCCCUUCUGCAACAUUGGCCAUGUUCUUAUGGCUUCCUUUCGGUGUCAUCCUCUCGAUCAUUCGCCACAUUAUCGGCAUGUUCUGCCCAUACUCCAUCUCCAUUCCAAUUGGUGCUCUCACCGGCAUGGUUAACCGCCACAAUAAAAAUGCCGCCGCAGAACUCCAACCACAACAGAAAAUCGGGCUCCAAACAGACACCAAUUGCAGCAAAUCCACACGCGGGCGCCUUUUCAUCUGCAACCACCGCACGCUUCUGGAUCCCGUCUACAUUUCCGUAUCGCUCAAAAAACAAGUGACUGCCGUAGUUUACAGCUUAAGUCCAAUUUCUGAGAUUCUUUCACCCAUAAAAACAGUAAGACUGACUAGAAAUAAGGAGGAAGAUCGAAAGAAAAUGGAGAAGCUAUUGAGUCAUGGAGAUCUUGUAGUUUGUCCGGAAGGAACCACUUGUCGGGAGCCAUACCUGCUUCGUUUCAGCCCGUUGUUCGCAGAAUUGGCCGACCAGAUCACACCGGUGGCGCUGAAUGUACAAGUCUCUAUGUUCUAUGGCACAACGGCUUGCGGAUUCAAAUGGUUGGAUUCCUUCUAUUUCCUUAUGAAUCCGAGGCCAAUGUAUGUAGUGCAGUUUCUUGAUGAGAUUUCCGUAGUCUCUGCUGGAAAAACAAGAUACAGUCCUUGCGAGGUGGCGAAUCGUGCUCAAGAAGAGAUUGGUCGUUGUUUGGGCUUCGAAUGCACCAUGCUUACCAGAAAAGAUAAGUAUCAGAUUCUUGCGGGUAAUGACGGGGUUAUGCAGAAGAAGCAGAGUAUCUAAAUUUAUGUAUGGUCUAACUAAAGGCUUUAGCAAUAGAGUUUGCAGGUAUCAUACGGAAUACAUAGCAUUGGUUUCUCUAAAUUAUACCGUUUUACUCUGUUUUUCUUAGGGGAUGGUCAUGCUGUUACCGGCUUUCGUUUAUGU